AUGACUGUUCACAUAACCUUUAAUGAUUAUGGUGUAUGGUUUGCUUUUAAAUUGUAAUCAUGGCUAAGAUUAUUAAUAAAAAUUUAUUAUCUAGGAAUGUAUUGGAGAAGCUUGAUAAAUCUCAAUUGAUAGACAGAGUUUUACAAUUGGAAGCUCAUAAUUUUCAACUUAAACAAAUUAUUAAGAAGACAGAUAACGCUUCAAAUAACAUUAAGACAGAUGCUGUGAAGAGGAAUUUUGAUUUUACAAAAUGUCAAAAAAGGCAUGUUUUUAUGAAAUUAUCCUACUUAGGAUGGGAUUAUCAAGGGUUUGUUGUACAGGAGGAUUUUGUAAAUACUAUUGAGCAUUAUUUAUUUGCUGCUUUAAUAAAAAGUUGCUUGAUAGAAAGCAGAGAGACAUCUAAUUAUCAUCGUUGCGGCAGAACGGAUAAGGGUGUGAGUGCAUUUUCACAAGUCAUCUCUAUUGACAUUCGAAGUCGCCUUGAUUUAGUAAAGCAGGGAUCGCUAAUCGAUGAAAUACCAUAUUGUAAAAUUUUAAACAGACUUCUUCCAAAAAAUAUUCGAUGUAUUUGUUGGGCUCCUGUAGGAGAUAUGAUUUCAGCUAGAUUUAAUUGUAAUUGGAGAGGUUAUAAAUACUUUUUUCCACGAGGAAAUUUAAAUAUUGACCUUAUGAACGAAGCCAUUCAAUAUGCCAUUGGUAAACAUGAUUUUCGAAAUCUUUGUAAGAUGGAUGUGGGAAAUGGUGUUGUCAAUUUCUCACGAGAUAUAAUCGAAGCUCAAGUAGUUUGUUUAACCAAAGAAUGUGAUUUAAGAAAUUCAGCAUAUGACAUGUGUGAAUUUUCAAUAAAAAGCAAUGCUUUUCUAUGGCAUCAAAUUCGCUGUAUAAUGGGUAUUUUAUUUCUUGUUGGAUAUGGACAAGAAAAGCCCGAAAUCAUUAAAGAUUUAUUAGAUAUUGAAAAAUGUCCGGAGAAGCCUCAAUAUAACAUAGCUCAUUAUAUUCCUUUAAACUUAUUUUAUUCUUAUUAUAAUGAUGUAAAUUGGAAUAUAGAUAAAGAAGAAAUUCAAAAGGUUAUUAAAGAUUUGCAGGAAGAAUGGACUUGUGCUGCAAUCAAAUGUACAAUGACAAGAAGUAUGUUAACAAAUUUAGAGACUUUAUUAGAUGAUAAAAGUGUUAGUUUAAAUUUUCAAACUGAUUGCCUGAUGCAAGGAGUUAAACGGAAAAUUUACCAACCAUUGAUGCAGCGUCAAAGAUGUGAAAGUCUUGAAAAGCGCAUUGAGCACUACGCAAAAAAACGAAGGCUGGCAAAAACGAGUUAGUGAUUGGCGAAUCAUCCAGGAAUCGGAUGCACAUGCCGAACGGCGGAUAAGCUCGGCCAAACAAAGCAGCCGACGAGGGCUCGCCUUCAGGAUCGAGCGUCAAAGGUCAAUCCGGCUAAGACGCAGACAUCGACCACGUAGACGAGGCAUGACAAUCGUCAACAGGCCAGCCGCUCGACGCGUGCUUCCGAUCGACUCCUUUCCCGUCUUUCCGUUCUCAAAUCCAUUCUUUACGGGCCGAAAAAACAAAAACAAAAACAAAAACAAAAACAAAAACAAAAACAAA